AUGGGUCAGCUUCCAGUGGAAAAAUUAACACCUUCUCAUCCGUUCCUAAAUUCCGGCGUGGAUUAUGCUGGACCCCUUAUGAUCAAAACCUGGAAGAGAAAGAAUGCAAAAACUUAUAAAGCGUAUCUAGCGCUUUUUGUUUGUCAUGCAACAUCAGCUAUACAUCUCGAACUUGUAACAGACUACUCUACGGAUGCAUUCAUAGCCGCGUACAAAUUAUUUACAGCAAGAAGAGGAAUUUGCGCUACGCUUAUGAGUGAUUGCGGAACAAACCUCAGAGGAGCAGAUUUUGAACUAACAAACCUAUUUUCGACAGCUUCAAAGGAACUCGGAAAUCUAGCAACAACAUUAGCAAAGGACGGUACUCAAUGGAAAUUCAAUCCUCCUUCCGCUCCUCACUUUGGAGGGAAAUGGGAGGCAGGAGUUAAGUCAGUAAAGUAUCAUCUCAAACGAAUUAUCGGCGAUGCACUACUUACAUAUGAAGAAAUGACGACAUUAAUAACACAAAUUGAAGCCGUUCUUAAUUCUCGACUACUGAGCCUUCUCUCUGACGAUCCAGAAGACCUUAAUGCUUUAACUCUCGGUCACUUUUUAAUUGGAAAUGCGCCAGCCAUCAUACCAGAAACAUCUUUGCAGACCAUCAAAAGCUCACGGCUUUCUCGAUGGCAACUACUACAACAAAUGUUGGACAAUUUCUGGGUACGCUGGUCUACGGAAUGCUUACGAAGAUACCUUGCUAUUUACAAGUGGAAUAAAUCGGUUCCAUCACUCAAAGAAGGUUCUCUUGUACUAGUCAUUGAGAGAUAUUCUCCAUCUAAAUGGCCAUUGGGAAGAGUCAUUCAAAUCCAUCCUGGAAAGGAUGGUCAUACAAGAGUAGUCACAGUUCGUACUCAAAUUUCGUCUUUCAAACGAUCUAUCGUGAAACUAUGUCCUUUCCCGAUCUAG